GUCCCGUUAAAAGACUACCAGAGGGGAUGUUCUUUUAUAUUUCACGGCUUCUAUAGCCUACAAUUCUCUUUUUCUUUUUCUUUUUUCUUUUUUCUUUUUCUUUUCCCUCCCUCGAUCCCACCACGCUCUCCACUCCAUCACGCUGCGCGCUAGAAUGAGCGCCUGAUUUGCAGGAGAUUGUCAACUUAAACCUGAUAUCUCACUGUGGCGAUAGAAGUGAUAAUUCUCUCUCGUCAACUGGUUACCAUCAUGAAGCUGAUGGUUGAAGCAAAACCAAAUACAAUUAAAAUACGAGAUCUCAAAUAUGGUUCACAUCCUAUAAACCGACCUAGCUCGUUCCCUCCAUCUAGCCGGUGAUGCAAUUCUGCAGCUCCUCAUACAAAGCUGGCAAUGUUCUCGACUAUGCGAGAUUCAACAGCACUCACAUAACUCCUUUUGCCAGUUGAUGUCAAAAUGACGCUCAUGAGCAUUUUUCUGAUAUCUGGAGGGACAUCGAGAGUUCUCAUUUAGGAUAAGAGCAGAUUUGGCAUCUUUCUGCGCAGCUUUGUUGACUUGAGCCUACGAACGCGGUCAGAUCUGAUCCACGGGCCUAUGUGGCUCUGAGAGUACCAGGGCGGUAUGUAAUAUACAUCCUUACUCGGCGUAUAGAUGAAAUAUAGCCAUGCACAAGGUACUGCACUGUUUUGUGAUUGAUAGCCUGGCGACCCAUGAGGGAUACGAUCAUGCCGGUUCUUUAUCACAAAUAGAUAAGCUUUGCUGCAUUAUUUCUGCAGCUAUCAAGAGAAGUUGGAGAAUUAUUGCAGCGUAGCAAAGCAAUUCUCCGGAAUUUAGAAACUAAAAGGAGCAUUUCGGUGCACAUGUUAUCCCAGAAGCCGGCAAGGCAAUAGGACACAACGUUACACUCGUAAAAUAUCCUUUUAAUGUCUUCUGUGACUGGCUGCAUGAAGUACUGUUGAUUACUUCCUGUAUCGUUUUGAGAAGCAAGAAACAAGCUCAAUCAAAGAGCCGGGCGAGGUUGGACAAGCGUAAUUUUAAGUUGUACCACGUAGGAGAGGCGCAAUAAUUUAUUAUUUAUUUUGUUUGCAACUCACUACGGAGUACAUUGAAGAUCGGGCUGCUUCAAACGUGAGAAUCUAGGGAAUGCACAAUAGAGAACGACGCAAAAAAUUAAGUUGAAUAUAAGAUACUGUCCUGGCGGGAGUCUUCGCAACUAAAUAUUACGUAGCAAUAAUGGAGAGUUCCAGGGCCCCGUUCCCGCCCCGGACGACGCUGUAGAUCGCCCCCUAGCCGUGCGAACACCGCCUAAACCCGCCUAACAGCCGCCACCAACUCCUUUAUCGUCGUCCCCCCAGAUGCCAGAUCUGCAAAAACAAAACAUAAAAGUAAAAAAAAUAUUUCUCUCUUCUUGCCCCGUUAUCAACCCUCAAUUACAUGUACUACUCCAUCUUCUCUCCAGCAUCGUUUAUAUUAGAUAUGGUUUAAUCGUUUCCAUUCCCAUAUUAUCGCCACUCCUCCACCCGUUCCCCGGUUCUCUCACAUCGGCUUCCACCGUGGCUCCCGUCACUUUUGGGGCUGCGCCCAUUGACCCGGCUCUACAUCGAACCUGUCCGUCACGAGCUGGGGACGUAUCGAAUUUCACGACUAGGUCACAGAUUAAAACUUCAUCGCCCUCCUCUCCUUCACCAUCUUCUUCCUCCUUACCCCCGUCUGCCACAGAUCUAUCCCUACCCUCAUCGACUUCAACGCCAUUAUCAAACGCGAAUUUGCCUGCACCAUACUCAUUAAAACGGGAUAGCAAUAACCUCAACUAUUCCGCUUCCCUACCUCGCCUCUCGACCCUAGCUUCACUUACAUCGGCCCCAACUUCACAUCUACGCGCCUACGAGACCACAGAUACGGCGAGCAGCAACAACCAGAAUGCGAGCCAGAACAUGAGUUAUGCAACCUCUUCACCAGGAGCCACCACCGGGGGCCAGGGAAACACUCCACCCGUGUGCCAAAACUGUGGUACUUCCACGACGCCCCUCUGGAGGAGAGAUGAAUCCGGAUCAGUCCUGUGCAAUGCCUGCGGCCUAUUCCUCAAGCUCCAUGGUCGUCCUCGUCCGAUAAGCCUCAAGACCGAUGUCAUCAAAAGCCGGAAUCGGGUCAAAACCUCGGGCCAAGGACCGAAGAGAAAAUCAAAUAUCGAUGCCAAUGGCCUUGCUGGUUCGAGAUCCGAAGCCGGAACUCCGCCUUUAAGUAUCCAUGGUCACCAUCGUGGAUCGCGAAAAGGUUCCGCAGGCCCUUCCGAUCGCUCCAAUUCCCCAUUGUCUCGAACCAAUACCCCGGGAUUUCAACACCAUUCAAACAUCGCACCUCAACAUAUGUUCGAUAGCGUCACCCUCUCAGACCACAGUUUCAAUCCAUCCGCGGCUGUGCUGCCCUCCUUACAAAUGCAUAACCCUUCCCUCAGCUCCACGUCCUCCCCGAACGAUCGUCAUUUAGAAGCGCAACAAACGUACGAAAGUCUUCUUGCUGCAAAUACCUCCCUGAAGACUCGAAUCAGCGAGCUCGAGUUGAUCAAUGAACUGUUUCGAGGAAGGGUUGCGGAAUUGGAACAAAGCGACGCGACCGCGAGAAGAUCAGAAAUGGUUGCUCGAGACUCCGAAUCGCGUUUGAACCAAUCGCUGAAAGAGGCUCAGAGGCGCGAGGAGGGUCUAAAACGAAGAAUAUCUGAACUCGAGCGGGCGUUGAUCGACCGGGAACUGGUACAUGGUUCUAGUACCUUUGAACCUCAAGCGAAAAAAAUCCGCCUAUCUGACGUGGUCGACUAUAGCCCUGAUUCAACCGGCAAGUCUCCCCAAUCUCUAUAGUAGAGAUAUGUGGAGAGAAAACCAGGAUCACUUAAUAUGACAACCGGUGCGGCUGUAUAAAUCAUACCCUUUUCUCUUAAGAAACAACAAAGUACCUUUCCGGUUCCAAAAUUCUUUGAGCUUGAUACCCUUUUACGACUCUCAUCGCAAAAAGCACUUUUUUUAAGAGAGCUUUUUAAUUUUUGAUAAAUUUCAUUUAAUUAUUGUAAUGUAUUAUCUAUUUCUAUUGCCUUUUAAUGUAUUGCUUUUUUAUAUCACAUUUCACAUUUUUCAUUUCUCCUCUCAUCUAGCUCCCUCUUGCGGCCACUACAAGAAAACCCCAGCCAUGGCUUAUUCUUUCUCACCGCGAUUGCAUUCUUUCAUGAGAUAUAUCUCAAAGACCCUUUUCCUUUUAUAUACUGUACUUUUACUUUUUUUAUUUACUUUUUGGCACUCAAUAUUUUUGCGAAAUCAUCUACACCAUAUCAAAACCCAAAGAAAAGCGAACCUAUCAAUCCAGAAGCAUACCAGGGAAUUAGAACUAUGGAGAGUGAAAUAUUCCCCCCUUUAAUCUCCUUUUCAUCGGUGCCAAGCACACACUAUUUGGUCAGACUGUGAAUAUGUUCAACUUUCAUCUCUCGGAAGGCAUACCAAGACCCACGCUCACUCUGAAAGAGAGCAGACCACAGACUCCCUUAUUUUUUUAUUUUUUUAUUUUAUUUUUUUUCCCCUUCCCUACAUAUUCUUCUUCCGGUUUCCUUUCCUUCUUAUUCAUUUCACCUGCGCUGCUACCAUUGAUUUUUUUUUUUUUUUUUGUUUUUGUUAUUGUUAAUAAUAUGGGAGGAUUAUUACUUAAAAGGAUUUGGAUUUUUGGAUUUGUCCUUUCACUUGUUGUAUGAUCUUAUUUGGUUCUUCAAGAGGGUUGGAAUAUACAAAAAAUACUUGUAAUACUAUUAUAUAUGUGAAUGGGCGGUUUUGGAUUUUUCUGUUUUAUUUUUCAUUUUCUUCUCCUUUCUCCAUGUUUCACCCCUUUCCUCGCUUUUUAUUCUAUUAUUGCGACGGAUUUUUAUCUUCUAUACUACCUUGUACUCAUUUCUUAUACCUACCUCUGUUUUGCUCCUUGGUAUAUCAUCAUCAUUCUCAUUUUUCAGUUCUUCUUCCUUUUACGAAAACUGUAUACUUUUAAUAACCAAAGGGUGUGCUUCUAUUAUUUUUGUAUUGUUAGCUAUCAUGACUGGGGAGCCGCGAUUUUUAUACAACGAAGGUUCUAUAUUGCAUGGUUGCUUAAAAUCCCCCCCCCCCUUCUUCUUUUCGAUAGUUCGCGUUCUUUUGUGCCGAAACUCCUAUUCCGCUCCGGCAGGGUAUCUACGAGGAAUUUGGAUUGGGGGGUUUUGAAGUGAGGCAUUCAGCUUUUUGACUUGCAUCGUCGACGUCCUUGUGCUAGCGUUGUUUCUAUGACAGGUUUAACCGCCGCUGCUUCUCUCUGUUUGAUCUGGAUUCGAGGGUUGGAUCAUGCCCGGGAAUAGCGACGCUAGACACCCCGUAUUGCGCCCUAGCAUAACUAAUACCCUUUCCUCAUUUUGGUAUCUGAGAUUUCAUAGGUAUAUAAUAUCUAUUGUCCGUGCUGGAACUUGUCUCAUGUUGAGUUGGUUCCUGGUAAUUAGGGCUAAAACGAACAGCCCUAGCCCAACACGGAUCAGACAAAUUUUAUGCAGCAUCUCUCAAUCUCAUUCCCUUUCCAAUUCCUAAACUCGUCAUUAAACCCACUGUCAACCCAAAAAUCAAACAUCUUCGGGUAUUUAACUCCAAACAAAUGGAAAAUACACUAUGUCACCUUACCUAUCCAAUCAACACGCUUCCCAUAUGCCUUCGCCGCCAGCACAUCACAUCUUACCAGCAACUGCCAGUAGAAGCCUAGAUACUUGCAAAGUUCAGGGGCAUCCUCUAUAUGCAGCGGAUCGUCAGGGACAAUGGCUCGGUGAUGUGGUUCGUAAUUCGCAAAUUCAAGCACCAUCAUUCCCAGCUCUGUGGGAAGGCCCUUUAUAUUCAGGUAGUGGAGGGAGAUAUAUAAGUCUGCGCUAGAGGGGAUAUGGAUAGAGGCAGGCCACCGUUGGCGCAGCAUUGCCAGUGAUGCCCGGCCGUAGAGAGGGUUGUCACGCCAGUCAUUUGUCCUAUACAUAUCUUCCCCGACGCCGAAGAACCCGCGGUGCAGACAUGUAUGCACGUCAUAUCAUCAUUUGGUAGGCGGCUGUUCAUCGGUAAUCCGUGUCGUUUUCUUUAUCCUUGUCUUUACAAGUUUGGUCUGUUUAAGCUUCUUCGUCAUGAUGUUUUUUUUUUCCUUCUGAAAACCGGAACUUCGGCCUGCAGCAGCAUUUCACUAUCACCACCAACUCACCUGAAGAAUUGUCCACAAUCUUUCCUCUCCUCUAUAACAUACAGCACAUCCAAACAAAUAUACGCCAUCAAUGCUGUGCACAUCAACUCCGGCCAACCAUAAUCUGGCGGAAAUUCAUACGGAAACGACCACCAAUCCGCCACGGGCUGCGCAUUCCCCGGCCGCAACGUGACGCGCAAAAGCACAUCCAUCUCAUUAAGCAAAAAGAGCAUCUUAAGCAGCUCUCCGCCGCAUGCUGAUGGUCGAAGAUGAUUGCGCAGGAGCCGCGGAUCGCAGUCGUCAUGGCUCCGCGCCCAAAAGGACAUCGGUCGACAUUCAUCGCUGAGAGCUAUGGUGCUGCUACCAUCACAAUAGCCUGUGGUCAGAUAAGUGACUGGUUGGUUCUGCUAGGGACCCCAUUGGAUCAACUUGGCGUAGCGCGCGCUGCGGAAUUUCUGCAGCGUGCGCUCGAUCCUUCGCAGCGUGGCGGUGGGCAUGUACUCGGAUUGGUCGUCGCGGGCAUGAAUGUGGGUAUUUGGCCCUCUCGCUGGCGGAGAAGCCUCGAUGGUUUGUUCGAAGGCAUUGGCAAAGUAGGUCCGUUGCUCUGCUUGGCCGGGCUUGUGAAGGGUAUAUAUUUGUUUUCCAUUGGUAGCGUGGGUUCUUGGGCAUGUACUUGAAUUUGGCUGCGAGAGUGUUCCAGGGGAGGUUAUGGGCCUGGUGGGCCAUGAUAUAGUUACAUGUACUGAUCUUGGUGGGAACCAAUGCGGAUGAUGUGAGCGUAUAGCCCAAAUUCAAGUACAGCUGGAGGCGGUGAAGAUAUGCCUUGAUCAGCUCUAUUAAGCUAUGUGGCUCUUCAAUACAUCAAAGGAAAUUCGUACAAGAUUUGUUAGAACAAAAAAGUGUUCCUGGGGCGGAAAAUAUAUACACGAGGUGGGUUUACGAGAGAGUUCGUUGGAAGGAGGGUGCAUAGCUCAUGGUUGAUGGUGAAACCAAAGAACUGGGUAUUCAGAUGAACUACCACUAGGAUUCCGAUUGCCGGCUGUUAUCUACCUCUUUGACAGUAGAGGAAUAUAAUAAUAUAG